GGGGAUGCUAGGCUCCCUCCUUCCCAAAAGCCAGACAGAAGGCUGGCCUGGCUCUGGGCAGCAGAAGCAGAAGGAAGGAGGAGCAGACUAGGGACUGGAGCCCCGUCCGAGGCGCAGCAGCAAGUGUGCCGCAGAUGCUCCGGGGCCCCUGAGGAGGAGCAGCACCCUCCUCUCCUCUCUUCCUGGAGGCAGCGCAGCAUGGACUUCAACAUGAAGAAGCUGGCCUCCGACGCAGGGGUCUUCUUCACCAGAGCAGUCCAGUUCACAGAAGAGAAGCUAGGCCAGGCUGAGAAGACCGAAUUGGAUGCCCACUUUGAAAACCUUCUGGCCCGGGCAGACAGCACCAAGAACUGGACAGAGAAGAUCCUGCGUCAGACAGAGGUUCUGCUGCAGCCAAACCCAAGUGCCAGAGUUGAAGAGUUCCUCUACGAGAAGCUUGACAGGAAGGUUCCAUCUCGAGUCACGAAUGGAGAGCUCCUGGCACAGUACAUGUUGGAGGCAGCCAAUGAUUUUGGUCCGACAUCACCAUAUGGCAAAACCCUCAUCAAAGUUGGAGAAACGGAGCGGCGCUUGGGUGGAGCUGAGCGUGACUUCAUCCAUUCUGCUUCCAUCAACUUCCUGAAUCCCUUCCGAAACUUCCUGGAGGGAGAUUGGAGAACCAUUUCGAAGGAGAGACGGAUCCUGGAGAACCGCCGCCUGGAUCUGGACGCCUGCAAAGCUAGACUGAAGAAAGCAAAGGCUGCUGAAGCCAAAGCAGCGGCUGUGCCUGAUUUUAACGAGACUAGACCACGUAAUUACAUUCUCUCCGCCAGCGCAUCAGCGCUUUGGAGUGACGAGGUGGAAAAAGCGGAACAUGAACUUCGGCUGGCUCAGACAGAAUUCGACAGGCAAGCAGAAGUGACCCGUCUCCUCCUCGAAGGGAUUAGCAGCACCCAUGUCAAUCACCUCCGCUGUCUCCAUGAGUUUGCAGAAGCUCAGACCACAUACUAUGCUCAGUGCUACCAGUACAUGCUGGACCUGCAGAAACAGCUGGGCAGUUCCAGAGGAGAAAUGCUUCCUGGGACUUUUGUAGGAAAUGCGGAGUCCACUUCCCCUCCUCCAGCCACCACCUCUCCCACUGCCAUGGCUGCUGUUGCCACAGGCCCAGCAGUGCCCACCAUUCCAGUGGUGCCCACUGCUGUCGGGGCACCUGGCUCUGCCCCAGCUGUUGAAGCGUUGAACCCCAGUGAUGUGAGCCCCCCCGCCAGUGGGACCCGGAAGGCCCGGGUGCUCUAUGACUACGAAGCAGCAGACAGUAGCGAGCUGUCUCUCCUUUCAGAUGAGAUGAUCAUGGUUUACAGCCUGCCAGGGAUGGAUCCAGACUGGCUUAUAGGCGAGAGGGGCAACCAGAAGGGCAAAGUCCCCGUCACCUACCUAGAACUGCUUAGCUAAACACGCCUGGGAAGGAAUCCCAAAAGCAAAUCGACCCCCUUCCUUUCUCCUGACAUUUUUUUAAAGGCUGAUGAGGAUUUCAUCCGAGACCAUUUGCUCUCUUCGGGCGUCAGAUUUUUCUUUUUCCUCACUUAAAUGUUUGGGUUAAGGCCACCCGGUGUGACUGAGAGGCUGCUGGUGGUGUUGGGUUGUUGUGCGUGGUAGUGGCGGCAGUUGUGAGUUCCUUCACUUUUACAAGGCUCCCGAAACUGAACGGUGUCCUCAAUUACAGCUUUGAAAAGUUGGUGAUGGAUUUCCUUUAGUUUCUAAGCCCCUUAAAAAUGGCUACGAAACUAGCCCUUGUUCUUCCACUUCUGCACUUAACUCAUUUUAUUUCAAAGCAAAUGGACUUUCUAGAAUUAAGCUUUUCAUUUCACUGAUGGCUGUUCCAGGCCUAUUUCUGUCCAUUUUAUACAUUCCAGAGGGAUUUGGUGGAGCUGGAUUAAUUUCCUGAUUUGAGCCAAACCCUUAAUUCCACUUCCAAACUUGUUAAAGAACUGUGAAUCAAUGCAGAAGAAACGUCACAUAUUCUAGUAGACUUAUCUGGUAUGGGUUAGAUUCUCAAACCUUCAUAGUCUUUAAGUGGCUCUGCCGCUAAUGAGUGAUUUUGGGGAGACUCCAAAGAAUGUGGCGAACCAACCCCCGAGAGAAACACAAUUAUCAUCAUGGGUUCAUGGGAUCAGUUGUCCAAAACCUUUUUGCUAUGACUGUUGGGCUCCUUCCAUUACUGAGUUGACACUGUCGUCUCCCGGA